UUUUUUUUUGUCUUGCUGGGCUCCAACACAGUUAGAAGGCAGAGUUUUAAACGCAUUACCUCAGGAUGCCACAUGUCCUGGAAAAGAAGGUUGGCAAGGUGGAGCAGGCAGAGGGAGAGGCUGAGGAGCCUAGAAACCCCUGGCUGGCUCCUCUGGCCUGUUUGAAGUUGGCUCAAAAGACAUGGAAUUAGUAGGCAGAGCUGCCCCCUCCUCCUCUUACCCGCAGAGAAGAGAUCAGUUCCUGGCUGGCCCAGGGCAGUGUCAUCGAUACAGCUGGUGUCAUCGUUACCUUCCACUAACAGAUCACUCGACACCUGUCGGCCCAGGCAGGGCUGGUCGGGGCGAUGCCCUGCAGAGCCGGAGGCUUUGACCCUCCCCAUUGUCCCUGAACCCCAGGGGAGCCCGAGACACAAGCGCUGCUGGGAUGUGGCAGUUGGUGACCCGUCAGAAGGACUAGGUUGCUCCGGGUGCCUGCCCCACCCCCUCUUCAGGGUCCCUGCUGCCUCUUGGCUUCCUGCUGCCUGGCCCCUGUUGCUGUCCUGGGCAGAGGCGAUGAGUUUGACACUGGCUGGGAGCUGAGGCAGAGUGACGAUGCUGCACAGAGAAGGGGGCCCCCCGAGUGGCCCCAGAGUGAGGAGCCAGGGGUGAGGAGUAGCCUGGGGUACCCCGCCUGGCAGGGCUUCCCUGGCUGGCUGCCCUUCUGGUGUGUGCACCCCAGGGGACACCAUGCUGCAGCAGAUCCUACAUGACAUGUACAUCGACCCCGAACUCCUCGCCGAGCUCAGCGAUGUGCAGAAGCACAUCCUCUUCUACAAAAUGCGAGAGGAGCAGCUGAGGCGCUGGAGGGAGCGCGAGGCUUGGGAGGCCCUGGCCGAGGCAGAGGACCUCAGGCCCCCGAAAGUCAAGCGAGCGAGUGACAAGCACAUCCAGUGGCUCCUGGGGGCAGAUGGUGAAGUCUGGGUCUGGAUCAUGGGAGAAGGCCCUGGCGACAAGCCCUAUGAAGAGAUCUCUGAGGAGCUGAUUGCGGAGAGGGCGCGGCUGCAGGCACAGAGGGAGGCCGAGGAGCUCUGGAGACAGAAGGAGGCAGAAAUCACCAAGAAGUUUCGGGAUGCUCUGGCCAAUGAGAAAGCCCGGAUCCUGGCGGAGAAGUGGAAGGUGGAGACGGAAGACCGUAAGGCUGCCAAAGUCCUGGAGGAGCGCAUCCACGAGGAAUUCAAGAGGAAAGAGGAAGAGGAGCGGAAGCGGGGAGAGGAGCAGAUUCGCCUCCAGGAAGAGCAGAGGGCGAAGGAACUCUACUGGACCCUGAAGCAGGCCCAGCUGCAGAGCCACGCCAGCGAGAAGGAGGAGCGCGAGUGGGAGGAGCAGCUGCGCCGGUCCAAGGCUGCUGAUGAAGAGAGGAGUCGCAGAGCCCAGCGCGCCAGGGACGAGUACCGGCGCCACUCACUCCGUGCCAUCCAGAAGGGCACCGUCGCUGGCCUCAGCUCCAUGUUCCGAGAGCUUGGCCAGAGCCAGGAGCAGGAGGCCAGACUUGACCACCACCUUCCCGGCCCAGGGCCACCGCCACCCCUUGCCGUACCUGUCAGGACUUGGGAGCGCCCACGGAGACCUGUCUCCAGGGAAGUCAUAGUCCGCUGGUUUAAGGAGGAGCAGCUGCCUCGCCGAGCCGGCUUUGAGAGGAACACCAAAUCCAUCGCCCCCUGGUUCCAUGGAAUUAUUAGCCGAGAAGAUGCAGAAGAUCUCCUUGAGAACAUGACAGAGGGAGCAUUUUUGGUCCGGGUCAGUGAGAAAAUCUGGGGUUAUACCCUCUCCUAUCGCCUGCAGAAAGGGUUCAAGCACUUUCUUGUGGAUGCCUCUGGAGAUUUUUACAGCUUCCUGGGAGUGGACCCCAAUCGCCAUGCGACGCUCACUGAUCUCAUUGAUUUCCACAAGGAGGAAAUUAUCACUGUUUCAGGGGGAGAGCUGCUGCAGGAACCCUGUGGACAGAGGGACAGCCCGCCAGACUACCAUCUGUUGUUUGAAUGAUUUUUUUCCCCCUUACCAAUUGGACUUCUUUGGGCAUCCAGUUUUUGAACUCAACUUAAGAAUUUCCCAGCUCAAAUCCUUCCUUAUGGCCUUCUGGAAUAUCCACCACCAUCCAGUGGAUUAAGUAGAUUAGUAUGCCUCAAGGGAUAUGAAAUAUAUGGCAUAUGUGCUAUCGGUCCCUGUCCCGAUGCCCAGGACAGAAAUUGCAAAUAGCUGCUGCAACUCUUUCACGAAGAGUUUAGUUAUGACUUCAGAAGAGAAGCCUAUCUGCCCUAAAUCGAGCUCCUAGAGCACACGGACCACGUUUUAAUAAUCGAAAAUAAUUCCAGUGCCGAACUCUGAUUUUAACAUAUGGUAGACAUUCAAUAAAUAUUUGUUUGAAUGAAUGCAGUUCUUCUGAAAGUUUUCCAACACUAAUCAGCAGUCAUUUCUAGUAAGUUAUUUCCUACCUGUCCUGUUUAUAAAGUCAUGGAGAGGAUAGAAGAAACGUUGCAAAGAAUUUAUAUGGAAAAUAGAGACGCUGCGUCUUUAAUGGUGUAUGUUAUUGCCCUCAUUGAUUUUAUCGUUGGAAUUACCCAAGGCUUCUGAGACCCCCGCUUCCAGAAUAGGUGACGGAUGCUGCCCUGCCUUCCUUAUUUGCCACCCCUGCUUGGUCUUGGAAGCAUAUCUUGACCCUGGUUUUACAAUAUUGAGGCAGUGGUUUCAUGCAGUCCCAGUAAAUGUGCCCAAAACCUGGGGUGAAUUAUAAAUCCAAAAAAGCCUUUGCUCUCUAGGAUUUACCCCUCUUUAUGCAGGUUAUUCAAAUGAUUACUUCUGCCUUUACGGUCCUAUGGACAUUGAUCCUUGUGUUCACUUACUCUGGCUAUGUUUUUCAUAUCAACAGGAUUCUUCCAGUGACCCCUGAAUAACUCUCAGGGGCAGUGUCUUUGCCCACACUCUGCCUUCACGUUUAUGGACAUAUGCGUAGAGACAGCAUGUUGUGAUGGGAAUAUUAUAGUGGCAUCAAGCAGACUUACGUUCAACUCCCCACCUGGACCUUACUAGUGUUGUAAUGCUAGAAGCCCCGUAUUUGGUGGGAGUGGGAGGAUGGAUGGACUUUGUGCCUUGUCGGUGGACGGACAUACGUUACUUGAUGGUCACGUCACACAUAUCUUACGUCACCUCUCACAUCAUGCGUCUCUUCCGUCACGUUAUCUCUUACGCUCCAUUUCCUCUCUUGCCUCUUCUACUCUUCGCAUCCUUGGCUGCUUAUUAUGCCCUGGUCACCAUCACUGCAAUCAGUUCUGCGUGGACUCUGUUUUUCGCCACUGGGCCCAUCAGCUUCAUUUGAGAUGAGCCAACGCCACCUGGCCCCACGUGGGGCUCUGGGCCUCUCAUCCCCUAUGGCUGCAGACGCAGAAGACACCAGAAAACCAGCAGGAGCAGGGCAGUUAACUCCCCAUGCGGUGAAGCUUGCAUCAAUGGGAGACAGCAGCUUGAGGAUUAGUUCUUCUGUCUUCCUCCUCUGGGGGCGCUGUUUGGACCGGCAGCUCUUCCUAUGACCUCUGGGAAAACAGUCCUGCAAGACGGAGCAACUAGUCCUGAUGGAACCAAGGAGCGGCCGGAUGAGGCCCACCCCCUCCUGUGUGGCCCCCUUCCUUCCCCGCCUCGCUCUCCUGCUCCCCCCCAGGAUGGCACUCUUGAGCUGAAUGACACCACAGAGGCAUUUGCCGCAGGCUCUGCCUCUUAGGGAAAGCCAGGGAAGGCCCCAUCGUACAGAUGUGUUCGAUAAUGUCAGCUUUGCAUCCUGGCGCCCUUCUGCCGUCUCACAGGGCCCCUGAAUGAAUAAAACCAAGGGAAGGCAGGAAGCCGGCUUCCUGAAUACGGAAGUGCUUUAAAACUAUUACCGAUUAUGGUUCGAUUCUCUUCUGUCAGACGUCGAGUGGCCUCAGACGAGCUGAAUUUUAGUUUUGGCCAUGCUACUUACAAACUAUGUGACUUUGUUCAAGUCAGUUA